UCUCCCCCACUUCCAUUUCUGUCCCGCACCCGCUCGCCUCGCCGCGUUGGAUCGAAGACUCGACAAGAUGAGCUACUACAACCAGCAGCAGCCUCCCGUCGGAGUUCCACCUCCCCAAGGUUAUCCGCCGGAGGGGUACCCCAAGGACGCCUACCCACCGCCGGGGUAUCCGGCGCAAGGAUACCCACCUGCUGGCUACCCCCAGCAGGGGUAUCCGCCGCCGUACGCUCAGCCGCCACCCCAGAAGCAGAGCAGCGGGCCUUCCUUCAUGGAGGGAUGCUUGGCCGCUCUUUGCUGUUGUUGUCUCUUGGAUGCUUGCUUCUGAGUUCGAGUUGGGAUCGAUCGGGAGUGGCCUCAUGCGUCCUGCUUGAAAGAUUGAGUUUGCCGGAUUCGACUUUAAUCCCCUUCUUUCUGGUUCUUCCUAGUGGUCAGAUCGAUGAAACUGGAAAUGAAUGUGGGGUUUUAGAAUAUUUCUUCUCUUAGUUGAUGUGUUGUUUCUAUCAGUAUAUUGUACAUUGUCGCAAAAAAGGAAAAUAAAGAACAAUCCCAGUGCCGUGAUUUAGAAUUCUAAA